CUCCGCAGGAGUGCCGCUCUCAGCCGGGUUUAAGUAUCGCCGAAGAGACUCAAACUCGUUUCUCUUCUUUCUCUCUUUUCAGGAAGGCACACGGAGCUCUGGUCUCUCCUUUGGAAACACUUUUUUAUUUAACAGAGCGAGGAAAAAGACAGAAAAAUGCCUAAAGCGCUCAAUGUUCGCGUCACCACCAUGGACGCUGAGCUGGAGUUUGCCAUCCAGCCCAGCACCACUGGCAAGCAGCUGUUCGACCAGGUGGUGAAAACCAUCGGCUUGCGUGAGGUCUGGUACUUCGGACUUCAGUAUAUGGAUAGCAAAGGUUACUACACUUGGCUAAAACUGGACAAAAAGGUGUCGUCCCAGGACGUGAAGAAGGAGAACCCGCUGCAAUUUAAGUUUCGGGCCAAAUUCUUCCCGGAGGACGUGUCCGAGGAGCUGAUCCAGGACAUCACGCAGAAGCUGUUCUUCCUGCAGGUGAAGGAGGGCAUCCUGAGCGACGAGGUGUACUGUCCCCCGGAGACGGCCGUGCUGCUCGCCUCGUACUCCGUUCAGGCCAAGUUUGGAGACUACAACAAAGAGGUGCACCAGCCCGGAUACCUGCUGUCCGAGCGCCUGCUGCCACACAGAGUCCAGGAGCAGCACAAACUCUCCAGAGAACAAUGGGAGGAGAGGAUUCAGGUGUGGCACGAGGAGCACCACGGCAUGCUGAAGGAGGACGCUAUAAUGGAGUACCUGAAGAUCGCCCAGGACCUGGAGAUGUAUGGAGUCAACUACUUCGACAUCAAGAACAAGAAGGGAACCGAGCUGUGGCUGGGAGUGGACGCUCUGGGACUCAACAUUUACGAGAAGGACGACAAAUUGACCCCAAAGAUUGGCUUCCCCUGGAGUGAGAUCAGGAACAUUUCCUUCAACGAUAAGAAGUUCAUCAUCAAACCCAUCGAUAAAAAAUCUCCAGACUUUGUGUUCUACGCACCGAGGCUGCGCAUUAACAAGCGCAUCCUGCAGCUGUGCAUGGGGAACCAUGAGCUGUACAUGCGCCGCCGCAAGCCCGACACCAUCGAGGUGCAGCAGAUGAAGGCCCAGGCCCGAGAGGAGAAGCAGCACAAACAGAUGGAGAAGGCCCAGCUGGAUAACGAGAAGAAGAAGAGGGAGGCCAUCGAGAAGGAGAAGGAGCAGAUGGAGCGAGAGAAGCAGGAACUGAUGAUGAGGCUGUACCAGUUUGAGGAGAAGACCAAGAAGGCAGAGAAAGACAUGCAGGAACAGAUGCAGAGAGCCAUGAUCCUGGAGCAGGAGCGGAGGAGAGCCGAGGAGGAUGCGGCCCGUCUGGAGGCCGAGCGCCAGGCCGCCCUGCUGGCCAAAGAGGAGCUGGCCCGCCACGCUGAGGACCAGCUGAAGAGCCAGGAGCAGCUGGCUUCAGAGCUGGCAGAGCACACGGCUAAGAUCAGCCUGCUGGAGGAUGCCAAGAGGCGCAAAGAGGAGGAGGCCAACUCCUGGCAGCUCAGGGCCCAGGAGGCGCAGGACGACCUGAUAAAGACCCGGGAGGAGCUGCACAUGGUGAUGACGGCGCCCCCCCCCGCCGCCUCCCCCCCCAUGUUCGAUAACAUGGACUACAACAGCGACAGCGAGGAGAACGUCAGCGAGGAGAACGUCAGCACGAACAGCGCCGACCUGCAGAACGACGGCAUCAGCGACCACCGCUACGAGGAGGACCGCCUGACGGAGGCAGAGAAGAACGAGCGCGUGCAGAAACAGCUGAAGGCCCUGACCUCAGAGCUCGCUCAGGCGCGUGACGAGUCCAAGAACACCACGAACGACCUUCUUCACAGCGAGAACGUCCGGGCCGGCCGAGACAAAUACAAGACGCUGAGACAGAUCCGGUCGGGCAACACCAAGCAGAGGAUCGACGAGUUCGAGGCCUUAUAGAAAGAUCCCUCGGCCCCUCGCCCUUUCUGAUUGGUCCCUACGUCUCGGCACGUGGACACACACACACACACAAACACGCUCAUGUAUAACACACACACCAGUCGCUGACUAACCUGGAGCAGUAUAAACAGAGAGACACACUCCUGUUGGGAGUGUGCAGAGCUUUGCAAAUCCUCAGAAGAAAACUUAGUGCCAAAUCCUUUCCUCCUCUUAGUGUCUCAGACCUUGUAUUUGAUUGUGUGUAAUUGGUUCGACUUCAGACCAAAUCAUUAUUGUUUUAAUCCAGCGGUGUGAUGAAGUAGUGGGACUAGCCAAAUUUCUUAUUAUUUCAUGAUGUGCACAUAUGAUAUGUAAUCAAAGCCUCGCUUCUUUUUCAUGUUUGUCGUGUUGGAAGAAAAGGACAGUUUGUCGUUGAAAGCGACCACUCAGAAAGGGGGAAAGUAUAAGCAGGAAAAUGGUUGUUUUUAUUUUCCUUUAUAUUUGAACACUUCCAUUUAUGUUUAAUAUUGCUAUACAGUAGUUUAAAAUCAUCCCUAGCUUGAUAUUUAUACUGUAUAUGGGACAUUAAAAAGGGUAUUUCAUCUUGGUUUGUAUAUUUUUGCUAUCUACUAAUGACAAUGAAAACAUUUAUGUUUUAUAUAUUGACCAAAAUAGUCUUAUGUUCCAUACGUUUUCCUUCAGAUCACUAAAUUAAAGAGAUUUAACUGUAAGUUAUUAUUAUUUUUUACUGUAGGAAAUAUCCAGCUGCAUGCCAUUUAAAUCAGUAAAGGACAAUGCUAUCUAUCGAGGUACUUUUGAUUUGUUUGUUGCCGUGCACUUCGCAGCAUGCAGAGGAAUGUCUGUAUCCUCGCAGCGCUGCGUGGACUGGGACACUUUAGGUUUGAUAUAUUUUAUUUCUCUGUUCUGCGUCAUGUUGCUGUUGAGUGAGAGACGAGCAUGUGUUGUGCUCUUCCCCCCCCGAUGUGGCCUUCUCUGGCCGUCCCUCUGGAGGGUCAGUGACAGACUGUCGGCCCUCACUUCGUAGCCAAGGUGCUCAGUCACACAAAUGUUAGUUAUUUUAGUGUUAAACCUAAUGAGGGUUGAGGUGAACGUUACAAAGAGUUUUCAUUUCGCAGGUCACUAUGGACAGACGGUGAACAUCUCUCUCUCUGGACCACAGUAGCCUCUACUGUAAGAAAACACUCCUUUGUAUAUGAACAGGAUUUUAUAAUGAGGUGUUCAACAUAUUGGCAAUAAAGAAAAAUCUAUGAUUACACAUCA